AUGCUGAAAACUGGAGGCUUAGUCCGUCGCAGUAAGCGUCAACAAGGACUUGAUGUAAGUCCUUUAGAUGCAGCGAACCUGCAGAAGAACAAGAAGAAUUUUUUAACUGAGGGUGAUGAUUACGAGUCUGAUAGAGUAUCAGAGGAGAAUGUAGAUGCUGAAGAUGAUACUGAGAUAGGUGGAGAGAACGAAAAUGGAGAUGCAAUCUCCAGAGAGAACCAAAUGACUGAAGGUCAUUCGCCUAAUGGGGAAGAAUGGGUAGACGACGUAGAAGUAGAGCAACCUGUGGUUCCACCUAAUACCGUAGAAGUAACAACUUCUACAGAAGAAGUUCAGACACAACAAUCAGAGAGCAAGAAGAGGAAGACACGAGGUCCAACUAAGAUGCGAAAAGUUGCCAAAAAUCAUGAAGACAAGGUAGAAGUAGAGUUCACUUCUUUAGGUGAGCAUGUUGGUAGUGGAUCAGUAACACUCUCCUCGUUUGUUGGUCCUCUUGUGAGAGAGCAUGUACCAGUACUACUUGAUGACUGGAGACACCUGGACGAGCAGACAAGAGAGACCUUGUGGGAAGAAAUUCAGGGAAGGUUCAACUUGAAAGAAAGUUGGCAAAAAGAAACUGUCUUCAGACAGAUGGGAUGUUUGUGGAGGACCUCGAAGUCUAAGCUUGUCACUCUUGUUCGUGCCACGAAAAAUAAGUCGCAGCUGCAGAAAUUGAAGCCAAGCAACAUACAAUCUACAGCAGCAUGGAACGCUUGGGUUAAAAAGAAAACCAGUCAUGCUUUCGCGGAACAAAGUGAGCGAUACAGGCAACUUAGGAAAGGUCAAAUUCCACACACAACAAGCCGUAAAGGAAUGACUCGCCUAGCUCACGACAUGAAAAAAAAAUCAUCUGAUCCUAGUAAAAUUACUAGAAGCAAGGUUUGGGUAGCAGGACACACUCAUUUUGAUGGGAGACCAGUGAGAGAAGAAUUUGCGGAUACAAUUGAACAAAUCAAGUCAAUUGAUAGUGAGAUGGACUCGACAUCUACAGAUAAUAUGCUAGACUCACAUGUUCAAAAGCUUGAAGCAACUCAAGCAGAGUUACUUACUAAACUUGAAGAGCUGCGCAAUGUCGUUAGUGACUUAGCUGCUAAAAAGAUACAGAAUGAUGAUGUAUAUGCGGCUGAGUUCAGCGAGGUAAAGAAAGGUGGAAUUAGGUGUCAGCUAUUGGAUUGGUAUGCACAAGAUGAUGUUGUUAUUGGGGAAGGGGAAUUCUGCUCAAGCGAACCAACCUACAUGAUUGGUCGAAUUCCGUUAGGUCCUAACGCGACAGCUGUUACUGUGAAGUCUGCAUCAGUCUUAGAAGCUUCUGUCUGGAGGCCCUUUCAAACCAUUGUCUCACUUGGUCAAGCUGUUGGAUUUAAAAUCGCAUGGCCAUCUGAUAAGAUUAUCUUGGACGAUGAUGUGAACUCAUCCCAACCCCCCAACACAGUAGGAUCCGAGGCUACGGAUGCGUCGAUAGGAAGAGUUCAGAUUUUUGAUUGGAAUACGGAUAAUGAUUUGAUUGCUGAGGGUGUGUUGUUGUCGACUGACCCAAAAGAAUUUCUCAAUCAUAUUCCUUUGGGUCCGAAUGCUGCAAUUGUUAAGGUCGAUAUUGUACUGAAAGCUGAUGCUUAUCUAUGGAGACCUAAUGAGGAAAUAUCAAAGAUGGGAGAUGCUGUAAAUCAGAACAUUGCAUGGCCUAUUCAUAAGAUACAUUUGGCGACUGCAACUACACCGGAUGGAUCAACCAAAAAGUCGCCUCUUAGUGGUAGCAAUAGCAGUGGUAGUAGCAAAGGAGGAAAACAGAAGUGCAUUCUACUAGAUUGUAACGGCUCUGGGCAGAGAGUUGCAGUAGGCCGUGUUUCUUCAACUGAUCCAGCAGAGAAGGUGCAUUUCGUGCCUUUAGGUUUGAAUGCAAGCAAGGUUUGGGUAGAAGUUUCGAAGGUUGAUGAUGCACAAGUUUGGAGACCAAAUUCUGAGGUUGCAUUUGUGAGUGAUGCAGUAGGAACCACAGUGGCUUGGCCAAAUGACAAACUUGUAUUGUUGUAA